UAAACCAACAGACUGACUAUGAGGGCCAUGCCAAAGCCUUGGCGAGUUUCCCUGAUACCCUGGAGCGUACAGAUGCAGUAGUGGUGGCAGGGGGAGAUGGAACUAUCAUGGAGGUUGUCACUGGCAUGCUGAGAAGAAGUGAUCAGUUCCAGACGAGUAAGAUCCCAAUAGGCAUCAUCCCCCUUGGAAGAAAUAACAGCUUAGCGGCCUCUUUGUUCUCCAGCAGAGAAUCAGAAGUCAGGUGGAUAGCAGAAUCAGCCAUGGCAGUUAUCAAAGAGUUGACCUGUCCAGUAGACGUCAUGAGAAUACAGCCUCUACAGGAUGAGAACAGUAAGCCAGUAUUUGCCACUCUUGGAAUACGCUGGGGAGCCUUCAGAGAUGCUGAACAGAACCUGGACAAAUACUGGUACAUGGGUCCCCUGAAGCAGAGAUUUGCAUACAUUAAAAGGUUAAUGAAGGAGUGGCCAUCUGAGGUGAGUGCAGUUCUGUCCUACAAUGUACAACCUGUGGAGACUGUAAUAACUAAGGACCCUGCACCUGCACCUGAACCUGACACCAGCUGGUGGGGGUGGUUCUGGCCCUGGAAAUCAACACAAGAGGUCACCUUGGAACCACAAGAAGACCCAAAUGAAGCUAUGAUGCCAGACUCCUGGGACACUGAGAGAAGAAUAUCUGCUGUUGAGUUCACAGCCGCCACAACAAACUCUACUACAUCAAAGGAAAAGUGCAUUGUUGUGAGCUCAAGUCCAAAGCUGUCAAGAGAAGAGUUUGUCAAUUUGGGGGACUUGAGUGCAAGUACUAAGACACCUCCUCAAGAUGUUGCUGGGCAGGACUGGUCCAAGGUGCAGGUUGAUGCAUUCCAGUUGGAACCACAGGUUCCAGAGGGCAAAGAGAGCUGGUUCAGCAUUGACAAUGAACCUUAUGAGGUGAUGCCCAUCAAGGUCAAGGUCCUUCCAAACAAACUUCGCUUCUUCUGCAAUAAGGAGGAGAAACUAGCAGCAGCAUCACAGCCAUUGUAACAUUAGAGAAUCACUCAAUAUUAUAAUUCCAAAAGUACUGAAAUGUUGGAGAUGUUAUGGUUGGUUGUUUCAAAAGUCUCCAUGUUGAUUCACACAGUAUAGUAUCAAAUGCGAAUCUGUUGUACCAGUAUAAGUGUGUGGUAAGAAGUUAUUUGAUUGCUCUUGAUGUAACAGUUAAUACAAGCUUACCUGUUGAUUGACUACAGGUAUUCUGUGUACCUGAAAUGGUUGGACACCGAAUUCCAUUCUCAAUGAUACAACUUACACACGUGCACUGAAAAGCAUUUGAAUUUAUUAAUUUCAUCAGCCUAAUUUCACCAAGUACAAAUUUUUUUGUAGAUUACAUGUAUUGCAAUGAAAUGUUUAGUUUGUGGUCUCAGAAAGUAAAAUGUCACAGUGUAAUAAAGUUAUAGUUCAUUCUUG